AUGGGACACGGGUUGUGUGGAACAACAUUUAGUACUUCAUAUGGACCAGUGAAAAGGUUGGUUGCUAGUUUAUUUUUUGUAUGUGUCAUUAUUACUCGAUAUACGAGUUGAGAAAAUAAAUUGAAAAUAAAUUUGUUGGGCAAAACAGCAUAAAGAAAAGCUAUAACCCAACUGAACAUUCCAAAUGUCAAGAAGUAGCUUUUCGAGGAAAGCAAAUCAUACGACAAUAAACAUGCACAUUUUUGAAAAAAAUGGAAAAUUUAGACUUGAUAUAUUAGGCUGGACAGAGAUUCAGUCAUUGUUGCGCCUAAAACUUCAUUUCCCGCUUGCAGAAUAGCCAAUUUGAAAGUAUUUUCCAAAUUUGUGGUUACAACGUUGAAUAGUUGAAGAAAUCUGUGUUUAGGUAUACUAUUUCUUACCCUGGUUCCAGAGGUUUAUUUUUAUUAUUUUCAUUGCGAAGGGGAGAGGAAAAAUAAACCUCUGGUUGAAAGUAGCAAUUGAUUCAUCGAGCCGCGCCAAUCAGUUUGAUUUAGGGUCAGAUCCUGACUCUGUCUCCUGAUUGGAUGAUUGUAUUAAAGCUCUCUGAUUGAUUCAAAUAAAACAUCCAUAACCAAUCAGAGAACGUUAAUACAAUCAUCCAAUCAGGAGACAGAGUCAGGAUCUGACCCUAAUUUAACUGAUUGGCGCGGCUCGAUGAAUCAAUUGCCGCUUUCAACGUGAGGUUUAUUUUAAACCUCUGUAACCAGGGUAACUAUUUCUUCACUUAAUUCAUCUUUUUAAUAGCUUUUUAAUAUAUUUCAUAUAAUCAACUCAAAACAGCUUUCUUGUUUGUGGCAGAUAAAAAUUUAGAUGGUUAAGAAACUAACGUGAUUGACAGGUUUUCUUUGUUCGUCAUAUUUUAUCCAAUCAAAUUCAAGAACGAUGAUGUCAGUGUCAAGUUGUUCCCAAUUUGGUAUGCAACUUCGUAACCUGUUUCAGGAUGUUUGUUUUUAUCGCAUCUAACAAUCUAAAUUUUUUAGCCGUUUACGGAGUUAAAUGGCUAAAAAUUACAAAUCCUUCAGAAAAGGCAUGGAAAUCUAUCUUUCCAGGUUUGUCAUAUAAAAAGAACUCGAAUAAUGACUAACAUUUCUUCUGAAGGGCUGAAACUAUUCAGAAAUGUAUCACAUUAUUAAUGAGUAUCAUUACUCACACAUUGUACCCUCAUUUCUUUCCGGAUUUCAGCUUUUCACAAGGGCAGUCCCUUUGCCCAUAGAGUGGGGGCGGUGUACCCAGAGCCUCUUUGCCCCCUCCCCCUUGGCUACGCCACUGAUUAUGAUUAAUAGAAGCGGUACAUACAGUUGAAAUAAAGGCGUCGCUUGCCUAACACAAAAAUUGUUCUGUUUGUAAUGAGUUUCUGGAAACGUAAUAAUCAAGUUAUUAAGUGCAAUAUUCUUUCUCAGGUAUGGUGUUGAUGCGUUGUAUGAUCAUCAUUGCAAUACACCUCGUCCUUCGGUUGGUUUGACACUUUACUUCUCAACAUCCCGUCCCAUGACCCUGUGCACGCAUGGUGGAAAUUGGCUUGCUUUCUGGUGGUGGUCUGCCAAUGCUAAGUGGCCAGCUGCUUCGGAUGAGAAUGACGUCAUUGGUCAUGCGUAUGGCACAUGUGGCCAUGUUCCACGAUCACGUUACGACACCCGCCGGCAAAGUGGCAAAUAG